UGCCCUGAGGCUCCCCGGCCCGGCGGCGGUCUCGGCGCGGGCGAUGGAAGAUGGAAGGAAGAAGUACCGCGGCAGAGACAUUUGUUUGGGUUAACAAUGCAUCAGCACAUUCCCAGAGUGUUGCCAAGGCCAAAUAUGAAUUUUUAUUUGGCAGAUCUGAAGAGAAAACUCCAGAUACUAGUGAUCAUGGAGGAAGCACUUUACUCCCACCAAAUGUCACAAAUGAAUUUCCAGAAUAUGGGACCAUGGAGGAAAGUGGAGAAGGCCUAACAACUUCCCUCGAGUUUGAUGCAGAGUCUCUGCCAUGCCGCCCACCAGGGCAGCAGGGCGUCCAGCUUGUUGCUGGCCACCUCUCUGGGCUCGACAGUGCUACCAAUGGACCAAAAGAUGUUGGGGAGGCCCCUUUUCAAAGUCACCUCAAGGAACAAAGUUUACAACCUAUUGACUCUCUGAUUUCAGCUCUGAAAGCUACAGAAGCCAGAAUAGCUUCAGGAACGUUACAGACAACACAGGUACUAGACAAAGAUGCUGUUUCUAGUUUUCCAGUUCAGCAAGUGGACAAGGAGCUGGACACUGCCAGUCAGAAGACACAGAGAGCUAACAAACUGUUUCCUGCUGGCCAAGAACAUAUACCUCUUUCAGCUGAAGUUACGACCGAGGACAGAUUUUCUUUGAGCAUCCAGAAGGAUCUUUCUGUAGGAUUAACUGGAGAAACUCAGGCAGAGCUUUCCCAAGGAACUAAUGGUGGGAGAAAAGCGGCUCCCCACGUGCAGGAGCCCGCUUGUCCAGUAUUCCACGUGGGGAGCCGAGCAGCGCCCCACCCCUCUGCGGGCAGUGUUGGUUUUGUGAGAGCGUGGAGGUCUGAUGUUGGGGGCGAGCGCCCAGUGGGAUGUGAUAGAGGCAGCACCACGGGACGCCCAGGCCGGGUCAAACAUGUGGAAUUUCAAGGGGUGGAAAUACUGUGGACAGGAGAAGAGAAAAGAGAGACACGGCAUCCUGGGGAUUUUGAGGCAUCCUUGGAAAGGACUGCCGCUCCUGAAAGCAAAGGGUUCUCCAAAGUGCCAAGCCAUCUCAUCUCGUCUGCGGGUUUGUAUAACUCAGUUGGUUUCACUGAGAGUGUUGGGGGCGAAACCUGGAGAUCUCCUUCACAGGGGCCUGCCACUGGCUCGGGACCAUUUCCCCCUGUGCCUCUUGUGGAGAGUGCGGAGGAUGAAGUCUUCCUAAAGGAAAGCAGAGACCAUCUUGAGAAGAAACUUGAACUGGAGAGAGACAAGGAGAGGAUUCUUGAACAAGAGGAGCACUUUAGGGGCGGAGAGGAUGAAAUCCUUGGGCCUGGGUAUACAGAGGACUCCACUGAUAUGUACAGCUCCCAGUUUGAAACCAUUUUGGACAACACUUCCUUAUACUACAGUGCCGAGUCCUUGGAGACGCUAUACUCAGAGCCUGAUAGCUAUUUCAGCUUUGAAAUGCCCCUCACACCAAUGAUACAGCAGCGCAUUAAAGAAGGCAGCCAGUUCCUGGAGAGGACAUCAGUGGGAGGACAGCAAGACGUCCUGAGCGUCUCGGCAGAUGGCGGAGUAGUGAUGGGCUACCGUAGUGGGAUCAGCAACGGGCUCAGUGACGCUGGAGGGCCCCUCUACGAGAAAGGCCCCCGAGAAAUUGCUUUCUGGGGAAGCAAUGCUGGGGUGAAAACAGCACUGUUAGAGGCUCAUUCUGAAAUGGGGAGCACUGAAAUUCUGGAAAAGGAAACCUCCGAAAAUCUCAGUAAUGGUACCAGCAGCAACGUAGAAGCAGCCAAAAGGCUGGCCAAACGGCUUUAUCAACUAGACAGAUUCAAGAGGUCGGAUGUCGCAAAGCACCUAGGCAAGAACAAUGAAUUUAGCAAACUAGUUGCAGAAGAAUAUCUGAAGUUUUUUGAUUUUACUGGAAUGACGCUGGAUCAGUCUCUCAGGUAUUUCUUUAAAGCAUUUUCUCUUGUGGGAGAAACUCAAGAACGAGAGAGAGUUUUAAUACACUUCUCCAAUAGAUAUUUUUAUUGUAACCCAGAUACCAUUGCUUCACAAGAUGGAAUUCAUCUUAAUUCUGUAUAUGUCAUUUUGAUGUAUUAUUUGCCUCUAUUCCAGAAUAUUGGAAAGAAGAUGACCUGCCAAGAGUUCAUUGCAAACCUCCAAGGGGUAAAUGAAGGUGGUGAUUUCUCUAAGGAUCUACUGAAAGCUCUGUACAACUCAAUCAAGAAUGAGAAGCUUGAAUGGGCAGUAGAUGAUGAAGAGAAAAAAAAAUCCCCGUCAGAAGGUACUGACGAAAAGGCUAAUGGAACACAUCCGAAGACCCUCAGUCGUAUUGGGAGUACCACCAACCCAUUCUUGGACAUUCCUCAUGACCCAAAUGCUGCUGUGUACAAAAGUGGAUUCUUGGCUCGGAAAAUUCAUGCCGAUAUGGAUGGAAAGAAGACUCCAAGAGGAAAGCGAGGAUGGAAAACCUUUUAUGCUGUACUAAAGGGAACAGUCCUUUACUUGCAAAAGGAUGAAUAUAAACCAGAAAAGGCCCUGUCUGAAGAGGAUUUGAAAAACGCCGUGAGUGUGCACCACGCACUGGCGUCCAAAGCCACAGACUACGAGAAGAAACCAAAUGUGCUUAAACUGAAAACCGCCGACUGGAGGGUCUUGCUCUUUCAGGCCCAGAGUCCAGAGGAAAUGCAAGGAUGGAUAAACAAAAUUAACUGUGUUGCAGCUGUAUUUUCUGCACCACCUUUUCCAGCAGCCAUCGGGUCUCAGAAGAAGUUUAGUCGCCCACUUCUGCCUGCCACUACAACAAAGUUGUCUCAGGAGGAACAGCUGAAGUCGCACGAAAGCAAGCUGAAGCAGGUUACCACGGAGCUGGCUGAGCACCGCUCAUACCCCCCGGACAAGAAGGUGAAAGCUAAGGAGGCCGAUGAGUACAAACUGAAAGAGCACUAUCUGGAGUUUGAGAAAACGCGUUAUGAAACUUACGUCAGCAUCCUAAAAGAAGGAGGCAAGGAUCUCCUGUGCAACAGUGAAAGUGAGGCCGCAGGACUGAAGAAGUCACAUUCGAGUCCUUCACUGAACCCAGAUUCCUCUCCCGUCACUGCCAAAGUCAAGCGGAAUGUGUCAGAGAGGAAAGACCACCGACCUGAAACACCAAGCAUUAAGCAAAAAGUUACUUAGAAUCCAUCGGAGGCCAGGAACGUGCUGGUCAUGGAGCAAACUACAGUUUUUCAAGAUCUUUCUGGUAAACCCGUGAAUAUAUUUAAAAAAAAAAAAGUCUGUGACUAAAUGGUGCAUUAGUAACUUUUCUAUUGUAUAUUUUUGUUAGUUUCUGUACAGAUGGUCUCUUUGCACUUGAUUUUUCUGCUUUGAUGAUUUUUGCUUCUUAAUAACUAAUGCACCUUUUGUGAGAGGGAGGGGAUCAUGAUUUCAGAAUGAAUUAUGUAUCACUUCUCCUUUGGUUUUCUCUUGUUUGCACUCUGCGCAGUUUUUUGUAUUCUCAACCAUUACACUUUUUUUUUUUUAAGGUUAAAAAGUUUAAUCCAUUGUGAAACACUUAACUGGACAAACUUUGUAGUUUAGCAAAUUCUAGCCAGAGUUAAUAUUAGCCUUUUACAUGUGAAAUCUUGCCCAGUCACAGAGGUGGACUUGAACGCUCACAGAAGUUCAGGUCAGAAUCACCGUUCUGGGAAUCAAGGUGGUCCACGGUGACACAGCUGUGGGUGCAUCUGAGCAGUCACUGUUGCGUUCCGACCCUGCUGGAAGCAGGGAACGGGGGUGCGAAGGUUGCAGGACUGGAGAACUUAGGAAGUACGUUGCCUGCUUGAAGCGUUGAAUCCAUUUCAGCCAAGCAAGGAAAGAGGAAGUGGAAUCUCUUUGCCAUUGAAGGUUGAGGAAAGAUGACACCAAGUUCAUUUUCUUCCCUAAAGGAUCAUGACAGUGAGCGACUCUUGGGGAGCUGCAGCAGUAGCAUGUGUUCAGUCUACAGGGAAUUGUUACCUCGCUCCCACGGGGUCUAGUAGGAAUCCAGCACCAUCUCUAUCGUCAAUACUCUGCCAUCCAGGAAUUGGUGUUAUCGCCUGGUUGGGAGAAUAUUGGGGUCUUAACCAAAACAAAAUAAGAGAGGAAAAAGUAGUUGUCCAGCAAUGGAAUAUCGAUUCCUUAAAAUCAGUCUGAAAGUAAUAAAUUGUCUGAAUGAAGUAUGGUUGGAAAGCUAGCUGGUUGCAUAUACAGAGUUACUUGGCUCAUUCUUAUCUCAGUCUCUUUGAGAGUCACUUCACUCUGCUACUACUGAACUUGCCCCUAAAAAGAAAUACUUUAUUUUAAAUCACUUCUUUCUAUCAAAAUAGUCCUGGUAACCUUAUGGUAAUGAGCUUGCUCCAGUGAUGGUCCCUUUGAAAUUCAGGGUGACAAACAGAGCGUUCUGCUGUACAGGAAGAGAAAGGAGUAAAAAUGGAGUCCACUGUGAGUUAGAACUUGCUGAUUUUGAAACCUUGAAACUUUGUGAUCAUUAAAGCUAUAAUCUCCACAGCUUCAGAUCUAACAGAAUCACUUUGAAUACUCUUCCCUCCCACAGAAAUUUGCCCUAGUUCUACUCAGUUUAUUAGUUAAAGGUACGAUGACCAAAGAAUCAGGGUCUCUGCAUGAAUAGCGUGGUUGCAGUGAAUUAGAGAAAACCUGCUGUUAAACCAUGGUAGUCUUACUGGUAUGUUGUUCUGACAAGCCAGCAUUUAAUUACAUGAUUACUUAUUCAUAUGUACUUCCUUCACUGAUAUAAGUGGCCAUACUUGCUGGUGUCCAGAAAAGAGAAACCCCCUCUCUAAAGUUGUAACUGCUUGCUUUAUAUAAGUGUUGUGCCACACCUUGAAAAAUUCACUCUAACCCUCUAUCUUGUUUAGGUAAAGGCAAUGACUAAAUUUAUGUUUCAAAACCGAGACACAAACAUGGUAGCUACCAAUAUGGCUCUUGGACCUGAUUCAUUUUUGUAGCUUCUGACUCAAUCCGAGAUUUCCACAAGGAAUUGUCUUUCUUCCUAGAAUCUGAAUACUCAGCCUGUUUGUCUUCUGCCUAGAUGUUUCUCCUCAGCCGAGGGGAGAGAGGUACCUAGACCAUGUCGUCUCUGAGCUUCAAUAACUAAAGAAAAAUAAACAUCCCUGCCUGGCUUGAAUGUGUUUGCCCGCAGUGUGAGUGCAUCUGUGUAGAUAGGAUGUCUAUGUGGCUUACUUAUAAUGUACAAUAGACAUAGAAUGGUACCUUGCCACUGCGUUUCUGACAUUUUAGAGUAGUUCUGAAAUAACGCAGCUAGCACCUGCACCACAACACCACUGUUCCCAUUACAUGAGUCACUCAUGUUAUCUCCAGGAAUGUCUAGAUAUGCUUAUAAAUAAUUGGAUGAGAAGGGCACUUUUGAUGCUGUGGUAUACUGUGUUUGCAUAGUUUGAAGACAACUGCAAGGUUAUUUGGUGAGCCCGCAUGGCAGAUUGCCCUGGCGUGAUGUCCACCUGUAGGGGAUGAACUGUGAACACGUCCUCCCUGGGGCCUCUGAGGUUACUAUAUGUUGUCAGUUGGCCUAGCAGGCCAAGAGUUUCUACUGUAGGAGGAAAUGGCCCCUGAUGUGACUAGAUUCUGAGACUCUUGCCCAUAGCCAAUCACAUUUUCUUUUGUAAUCAUUUUUGUCCUAUGGUAUCUAGUCAGAAGAAAUGGAAGAAGUUUCCUUUCACAGCUAGCCCAGCCUACUGCCCAGCUCACGGUACAGGGGAGCUCUCCCCACAUUCCUUCUGAAGGUACUCUACCUGCCCCCACCCGACCCCUUUCCUCACCCAUACCUCAGCAUCGGGAGCCUUGGCAUCCUCUCCAUGUGAUAAAUCAGUAUUCCUCUUCACACAAAUACACUUUAUAUUGAAUUUUCAGUCUAGGAAAUCUUGAUAAUCGCCAAAAUACCUUGGUGAUAGUCUCGUUGCACAGCUGACCAUAGAAGCAGUUCCUGUAUAAAACCUUUGAGUGUUUCGGGGUUUGUUUCCCACUUCACAGGUUGACUUUUAUAGGGAAGUGUCAGGAAUUCCUUGGGAGCAAUCAAAACUAAAUCACUAGCAUGCAGAGUCCUUAGAUAUUUUUUGAAGUGCACUUUAAAAAAAAAAUUCAUAUCAUUAACUUUCAUCAAUGCCUAAUUAAAGCAAGCAAUACUUCUGUGCAUUUUAACUAAUCUCAGCAAAACCAACGCGUGGAAGGGUCCUCUGGUAGAAUGGUAGCUCCUGGAUUAUGUAAACUGCUCUUAGGUAAACAGGAUAGAAAGCAGCUGUGCAAGACCCUCUGUGCUUCUUCGACUGUUAUCCUAAUUCAGAAGAUGAGGACUGUUUCCUAGUUAGAAGUGACAUGAGGCAAUUAAAUUAAUUCUAGGUGAGGAAAGUCGGCUGGCUUUCCCAAGCCAAGCUAGGGUUGGUCUCUUGAGUUUGUAUUGCACCCUGUGACCAAACCACAGAACUUCAGAGGCUGGAGAAGAAUUUAGAUAGCCGGCGGGGAAGGAGGUCCCUUGCUGCGGAAGCACAAAAUCACAGUCUUCUGCCGGCCCUUGCCUGCUGCUCUGUCUUGUAACAAGCCUGGGAAGAUGUUCUUUGCUGAGGCCCGGCCUGCAGUGGCUAGGAGCCACACCUCGUCUCUGCUUUUGUCCCUAAUCGCAGAUGACUGGAAGAAAUCUGACCUUAAAGAAGCUUCUCCACUGUCUUACUAUCAAGACUUUCUUGGGUUUAGUUAGCUGUCGUUGGAAUUUGAAUUCCUUUGGCUUUUUUCUUUGUAGCCAUUAAUUAAGCUUUUUUAAGCCUGAAUUCACAGGGAGUUUCUUACCCUUGUAGGUCCAACUCUCUGUUGUUCAGUUCUUGUGGACCUGGUCAAGUUUUCAGCAGGUUGGUAGCCACCUUCCUUUAACUUCAACAGUGAAUCAUCUCUUCACUUAUCAAAUGACAGCAGUUUUUCCAGUUGUAAAAUUAGCACUGAUAAACAAGCAACCAAAGUGGCAUCCUAGGACUUGUUAAAAAUUAGAGUCUAGGUAAUGAGUAAUAAUGUGCCUGGAUUUAAAUGCUUUUCUCCCAGAGCAUCUAUGUCACCCUGACAGAAAAAGAUCAGUCACCUUCGUAGGCAGAUGUGCCUCCUCUGGGCUGACCUUGCAGCACAGCGUUCUGGCUGUCUCUUCUCCCAGGCCGGGUCACCAGUCUGCCCCAGGUCAACAGAUCUCUCCAUCAGCCUUUUGACAUCUUCCAUCAUCAAGUCAUCCAGAGGGCUUUAGAGAUCAGUAGUUCUCCACAGAGUACUCCCAACAAGUGACAGACGGGUGCUUUGUCACUGCUUCUCCUCUCGGAUUCCUUUUUCAAUGUCUCAUGCUUACAUGGAGGACUGAAGUCCAAAGUCAUCGCCAUUCUCUUUGUACCUAGAGUAUCCAAAACCCAAGUGGGCAGCCUUCUCCUUAGAACAAUAACUGGCCCAUUGCAUGCAGAGAGAAUGUCUUCAUAGAGAGAAUGCCAGUAAAUACUUGAAUCUGCAUGACAGUUUGUUGACUUGAAUGCAACAGCAAGAAAAUAUUGCAAGUUAAGUAGUUGUACAUACAGUAGGUUUCCUUCAGUCUCUCUGGCUCAUCCUGUGUAGUUUAUGUGUGUGUCUGUAGUGUUGCAGGCUUUUGGAAAAUAGUCAUAGGUAGUAUGUCAGACAUCAAAGAAAAUGCUUUCUUUCACCUGCCAAUGUUGUAUUUGUGGGUAUUUAUAGUUGUAUGUAUGUAUAUGUAUCUAUGUGUAGAUUGUAUAUCAGUAUAUGGUAUAUGUACAUCAAAUUUAUUUUUGUCCUUAAUAACCAGUGUGAUAUGAAAAGCAAGUAAGAACCUCAUAGGCUUGAGUAUAUAAUGCAGUUAUUGAGAGUAUAUAUAGUGGUACUGUUUUAUUAAACUUAAAUUCAAAUGAUAUUUUGAUUAAAUUUUUGUAAUAAUAAUAAGAUUUUAUGCUAGAAAAUUCCAUCUUUGAACUUUGAAUCACCAGGGCAAAAAUGACUCUGAACUAACUUUGUGAAACUAUUUCAGUGUACUGUGUACAAUAGCAAGGGAGUAGUUCAUUAUAGUUUGGGAUAUACAGAAAGGAAGAAAAAAAAAAAAAACAGUCAGCCUGUGCAGUCUUAGCAACUUCAGUAUUAAGAGCACUUAACUAAAAGUCAAAUUGACAGUUUUGGGGCUUUUUACAAAAUGUGAUGCUUUAAAGCACACGUUCUUUAUUGUUGUAAUUAGUCCAGAAAAAUAGAGUUUUCAGAAGAACUGAUUAAGUACCUAGCAUAUCAUUUAUGUACCUGUGUCUAUUUUACAGUAGAUCAAACCACUCUCCUGGUACCACAUUCUUACUUCUUUACUUUAAAGAAAUGUUACAGACACUAAAGCAUAUCAGGGCCUCCCAAGAUCGGGUACUGUCGUCUAGGUUCGCAGUUGCACAAAUUAGCAUCUAGUGUCACAAGUAAAAGAAUUUUAGGACAGGCUAUGGACCAGGUUAAAACUUUAAUAUUUUUAUACUUAGGCCUCUUUUCCUGCCUCUCCCCAAAGAAGAGCCACUGGCCUUAGUUGUUUGAGCUUACUGCUUAUCCGACAGCGUGUACAUAGAUAACUAGAGAUUAAAGCUUUAUUAAUCAGCAUGUUUGGUGUAUUUAAAGCAGCAUCUGAGUGUGUUUGAGUGAGUGGUUGAGUGCAGUGGAUCUGUGUAAAUGCACUGCCUCGUGUUCUUGUAUCUGAGUCUGAUUCAGACAAUUCAAGUUGUGGAGUGGGAGAUUAAUCUUCGACUCCAGGCUGCAGUAGUGUGUUGGUAGUUACGCUUGAGCUUUUUUUUAUUAUUAUUAUUAACUCUACAGUCUCAAACUAUUUUUGCAAAUACGCCAUAUUUCCUAAUUUGUUCUUGACGUGCAGUGAACUGGCUCUGUGACUGAUCAGCAGGGUCUUUGUUCUGCAAGAGUGUGUUUCCUUCUAAGAAUUAUAGUGCUCUGCCAAAACAUCCAUUUGAUUCAGAAUCAUAUGAAAAGGAGUAGCAAAAAUAAACAGUUUCAGUUUGGGCCUUAAUAAUUUGAAAUCUUUUGGACUUUUAAUAUAAAGCCAUGUAGUUGUUAUACAGCCAAGUAACCAUUUGGCAAGGAUAAUAAUACCCACUCUGCAGAGAGUAUAUAUGCACAUUGAUUUUUAACGCCAUUAGGGUACUUUUUUAAGCUAUAGGAACAAGAGUAAUCAGACCAAAUGAAAGUUGGGGUUAGGGGGGGUGUAUGAGAUGGUUGCCUCCCCUUUGGGGUACGCAUUCACAUGGUCAUUCCUCCACUCCCGAGUGAUUCAAAACCAGUUUACUGUCCCGGUAGGUGUGUAAGGGGAAGGGUUCACACGUCUUGGCCUCUCACAUGUGUACAUAUGCUUGCACUGUGUCCACAUAGUGAAUGUUUUAAGUUAUGCAAACUUAAGACACAAAGGGCCAGAGUGUUGUAAGGAGGUGAUGGACAAAAGAGGUGGACAUUGCCUCACAGGAAUGUUUUUCAAGGGCCAGGGAGGAGUUUGAGCUCUAGUGUCUGACUCUGAGAUGCACUGCAUUUUAACAAAGAAGCGAGGGAACGCAUAUCACAUCCUUUCUGCUAGACCCCCGAGUUGACGGCUCACUUGUGACUCACAAGCAGCCACUGUCCAGCAUCCCGCAGUAGCCUGGGAAAGUUCCAGAAGGCUGGUGUGCACCACGGUCCAGGGUAGCAUUGAUGCUUGCUCUGGAGAUCCACCUUUGAGAAAGAAGUACAAACGAGGAAGCAGCAAAGCCCUUCCCGGAGGAGUCCUGCUGUGCCUGGCCACACCCGCCUCUGCACUGCCUGGGAGAGACAGAGCUCAGGUUGAAGUCUGCUCCACAGUUAAGUCCUUUCCCAUCGUCAGCAAUGAUGAGGAUGGAAAUGGGAAGGAACCUAGCUAAGAUAUGAUUCCCUGUGCAGGGUAGAGAGCUAAAUUCUCACAAAUAGUGUUAUAAAAUAAGCACCUAAACUUCAAUUCCUGAAAAUGUUUGGUGAAUGCAGAGAAUUUUGGAGUCUCACUUAUUAGUUCCCUGUGAGCCUGCCUGGGUAAGUCUUCAGACACAAAGUCCCAGCCACAAAGCUCGGUUAAGGGCAGCGUGGCAGGUCUGAGGCUCCUUGCUGUAACCCCUGAGUCCCUGUGGGGCCCCCAGAGGAUGGCAAUGCAUUAUCUCUGCAAAGAGGAGCUUCCCCUGGCCUCACACUCCAUGUGGGCUCCUGCUGAGCAGCAAGCACAUACGGGGUUUCACACGCUGCUUCUCUGGGCUUCAGGAAUCAGCUGUCCUACUGGGCUGACCCCACCCAGGCAAGGUAUCAACUCUGAGAGUGACUGAGUCACUGGGGGUGCCACACGACAAUGGUAUUUUAAAAAUUCUCUGACUCAAGCCAAGACCAUGUCUUUGGUUCUUGAAAGACUCAAGUUGGCACACUGAGCUAUAACCAGGGAAGGAUGAUAUCGUUGCCUUUGCACCCAGAUUUCCGGAAAUGGAAAACGUUUCAUUUCCGUGGGAAGGGUCAAGGAACACUAGGCUUACUGCUUAGCCAUUCUGCUCAGCCCAGAUGAGAGCUGUUGGGUAAAGGCCUAAAGGCCUCCCUGCAUUCUCUUCUACCUCAAGUUUCAGGGGCCCAUUUCUAGAACAGAAAUUUGCACAAGUGGAGAACCGAUACUGCCGGCCUUGAUCACUGUAGGGCAGACGGGCAGAGAGUGGUAGUUUGUGUCCUUUAAUAUACAACAGGCUUGUAACUUGUCCAGCCUGUUAACUGGGUUCUAUUUACUGUGGCUCAAGCAGUGUGAAACUGGCAGUGUGGAACAACCCUUUAACUUCAAAGUUUUCUCCACCAAUCAUUUCAGUUUCAUUGCAGUCCUGGUGCCAUAUGUCCCUGCAAAUUGUGAAAGUAAUUAGUGACAAAAUAGCAGCCUACUCCUUUACAGUGGCCAAACUGUUGGCAUUAGCAGACUCGGGUGAGCCAGUGGUGCCGAAUCAUGUACUGGAAGCCUGUUCCUCGUUACCACCCACCAGAUUUAAGAAAUGCCAUCUCCUAGAAAAUUAGGGCAUUGGUGGUGGUCAUCUUUUGAGUGGAACAGUAAUUUAUGUGGAUAUUGUUAAAGUGUUUAAAGAAUAUUUUGAAAAUUAAGUUUACAUUUUACAAUUGCUUUAUUUUUUAUUAAAAUAGUUGUACAUAACUAUUACCCUAUUUCACUGUUGUUAAAGUAAACCUAAACCGUGUAGUAUGUAUAGAAGCUGUGAUAUAUAUAUAGUACAUUUCUCUAUUGUGUAAAUGUUCAUGAAUAUAACUGUUCCUGUGUUUUUAUAAGUUGGGGAUAAUUUGUUGUUUUACAACAACAAAAUUUAUUGCAUUUAAAUGGUUUUUAUGUAAUAGAAAUCACACGAAAUAGUGAAGGAUUUAAAGUAUGUAUAUGAUAUAUGUAAAUGUACAAACUUUAGAAAGAAAUAAAUCCAACAAAUUUCAAUCAUU